GAGAGGUCAAGUACGUAUUGUCAAACUGUAAAGAGAUUAUAGUAGGUAUAUAUUCCCAUUUAUUACUUAAUAUAAGAGAUUUGACGUAUCUUAAGAUAGGUUAAUUCUUGUCUUGAAAUAGCAAGUUAAUCUUAUCCACAAACCACUUAUAAUCUUCGGGGUAUAAAAGCGAAAAAAUCGUUUAUUAGAGAAGCCUUUCGAAUUCACCAAAAUGAAUACUUUAUUGGUAGCUUCAGUCUUCUGCGCCAUCUUCGCCAUCGGCCUGACCGUACCUGUUCUGACAGGUCCAGGUCCAGCUUUCCAAGUUACCGAUGGAGAAUGUGAGAAUGUCUCAAGAGACGAAUUGGUCCGCCAAGAGCAAGUAAAUAAGGGUGGUUUUCCAUUUGUUACCAAACAGGCUGAUGUUGAAUACUUAGGAGAUCCUUCAAAAGUUAUUUACUGCGUUCAAGCUCUCAGCUCUGAUGACCCAAGCGUUGAAUCUGUUGCUGAAAUUACAGUUGGUGGAGUUGGUCACGAUUUCGUAAAUGUACAUUUGACAUCUAAGAAAGGAGGACCCCUACAUUACGAUGUUGAAAUUUACGCCAGGGCCCCAAAUAAUAAUAUUAAAUAAUAAAUACAUUAAUCGCCCUAAACCACUAUUGAAAAUAUAUUUAUAUAGGUAAUAACUAAAUAAAGAUCAAAUAUAGUUAAUGUAUAAAUGAUCAAA